GUGGCCCCGCGGCUCUCCGUCCGGCACCGUCCCACCUCACCGCCGGCAUGGCCAUCUCCUCCCGCCUGGCGCUCUGGGAGCAGAAGAUACGGGACGAGGACCGGGGGCCACCCCCCUCUGCGCCCCCCCUGCUCCUGUCGGUCAUCCCGGGGGGGUUCAUCAAGCAGCUCGUGCGGGAGACGGAGAAGGAGGCCAAGGCGGCGAAGCUGAAGAAGGAGACCAAGGCGAGCGCCAAGGAGGAGCCCGUGGUGGACAACGGCGAGGCCCCAGCCAGGGACCCCCCAGUUGCCAAGGGGAAGGUGGUCAGCGGGGGGCAACCACUGCAGAACGGGCUGCACGCAGAGGGACCGGGGGACGAGGGGGUCCCGGCCCCCCCACGCAAGGACCCGCCACCCGGGAAGGCUGCCACAAGGAACCCCAGCGCAGCAGCAAAGUCCCGGUGA